GAGAGAGAGAGAGAGAGAGAGAGAGAGAGAGAGAGAGAGAGGAUCUACAUAGACUCUUGUCCCCACUCAUCUUCCAGAGGGAAGUUUUCCAAGUAGCAGCAUAGCUCUCUUAACCAUACAAUGCAUUCUGAUUCCAGCUCCAUGUCCAGUAGAGCCUCAUCUCCAGACAUGGAUGAGAUGUAUCUCAGAGGCCACCACCAUCACCACCACCACGACCAAAGAUUGAACUCUGUCUCUUCAACCCAGAACGACCUCAUGCAGAAGAUGACAGACGAAGUGCUCUCCAGGCACAGCUCUAAAGGGGACGGAGAGAGCAGCAAAUAUAAAAUUAAGAAACAACUGUCUGAGCAGGAUUUGCAGCAGCUGAGGCUGAAAAUCAAUGGCAGGGAACGCAAAAGGAUGCACGACCUGAACUUAGCCAUGGACGGCCUCAGGGAAGUCAUGCCCUAUGCUCAUGGGCCUUCAGUGAGAAAACUUUCCAAAAUUGCUACCCUCCUUCUCGCCAGAAACUACAUCUUGAUGCUCACAAGUUCUCUGGAGGAAAUGAAGCGGCUGGUAGGGGAGAUCUAUGGGGGGCACCACUCUGCCUUUCACUGUGGAACAGUGGCACAUACUGCCCCCCACCCAGUUCACCCACCUACUGCUGUCCAUCAGGUGCAUCCCAUCCUGGGCACUACAUUGUCUUCUAACACACCCGGACUUUCUGCAUCAUUGCCAGGAAUCGGCAACAUCAGACCGCCACACUCACUGCUCAAACCCCCAUCAGCCCCUUCCCUCCCACUUGGCAGUGGUUUUCAGCACUGGGCAGGACUUCCAUGCCCUUGUACCAUCUGUCAGAUGCCACCUCCACCCCAGCUAUCAGCUCUGACGUCCAGCAUGAGCAGGAUCGCUGCAGAAGCCAAGGACUUACUAAAGUAAUAGGCACUUCACAGAACAUCAGAGACUGGACAUUCACUUUUCAGAUAAUCAGAUUAAUUACAUAUAUAUGAAUGUAUAAAUAUAGAUAUAUAUAUAUAUUUGU